AUGCUUAAUUACUUCCAACGAAAACCGAGAUUUUCGGAGAAGCCAAAUGUUUCUAUCAUUGGUGAUCAACCUUCUUCACUUCCCUCCUCAAGUGACACUCAACCCGAACCGAUUUGCACAAAUAAAGUGUUUAAUAAGGGAGCAUAUUUGGAGUCGGAUCCUGCAAAAAGAGAUCAAAUUCUUGAUUAUCAUCCAAAUGAUCAAGAAGAGGUAAGAAGAGCUUACCUUGUAAAGGGCCCAUGUCGACCAAACUUAAAGGAAUAUCCUACCACAAAUUUGGGGGGAAGGGAUCGUUCUUUUCAUAAUAGUUGGUAUGAAGAGUAUGAUUGGUUGGAAUAUAGUAUAGAGAGAGAUGCUGUAUUUUGUUUGCCUUGUUAUGUAUGCUACAAAGGUUCUAGUAAUCCAGCAUUUGUGAAAGAAGGUUUUAAAGGUUGGAAUCUCAAGCACAAGUUAAAUAAACAUGUUGGUGACAAACCCAAUAGUCAUCAUAAAAAGUGUGUGAAAGCAUGUGAGGAUCUUAUGAAGAAAAAUCAGUGUAUCGAGUAUUCGUAUGCAAAAUAUAGUACAAAAGAAGAAGCCGAUUAUCUUGUUCGUUUAAAAGCAUCACUUGAAGCUGUCAAGUUUCUUGUUAGAGGUGGAUUGGCAUUUAGGGGACAUAAUGAGGGGGAAGGUUCUUUUUAUAAGGGUCAUUUUCUAGAAUUUAUUGAAGCAUUGGGGAGAAAUAGUGAAAAAAUAGCGGGAGCAAUAACAAGUGGUGGAGGAAAUAGUAAAAUGACUUCUCCUCAAAUUCAAAAGGAACUUGCAAAUGCAUGUGCGGUUGAAACUAUUAAGAAAAUAGUUGGAGAAAUUGAAGAUGGUUUCUUUUGUGUUCUUGUUGAUGAAUCGGGAGAUUGCUCGGGUAAAGAACAAAUGGCGGUUGUGGUGCGGUUUGUUGAUUAUAGAGGUUUUGUAGUUGAAAGAUUUAUUGGCAUUGUUCAUGUUGAGGAUACAAGUGCUAUAGCCCUUAAAGGGGCUCUUGAAACAUUGUUGUUAUGUGGAUGA